AUGGGAACUCCGAGUUUCCACGAGAGGAACCCUGGCCUCGCCUCCUACCAUCUGCUCAGCUCUCCCGAGAGUCUCAACUCUGCUACCACGGCUGACACUCCCGACGAUAGCCUAGUUGACUGCCCCGAGGUCAUUGCUGCUUCUGCCUUUGCUGCUAGAGCCAGCACCGCAGCCCUCAGCAACUUCACACAUCUACCCCUCAACCCCUAUCCAUCCGCCAGGAUGAGCGAAUCUCCCGUCAGCGCCUCGAGCGGCAAAGGCAAAGGCAAAGCCAUGCAGACUCCCGACUCUGACGUCCCUCGCUAUGUCGGCCACUACGCCAUCGGCACUCGUCAUCACGAGAUCUGGGGGCCUGGCUCACACUCCAGAGAGAACAGCAACGCCGCUGCUGGUGAUGGUACUGCCAUUCACUUCGGUUGGCCGACUGCGGAUACUUCCAUGAACCAAGGCAGCGAGCCUCACGGCUUCGAGAACCCCAUCUCGCGUUUGCCUUACCAGGCCGCGAAGAGCAAGCUUCCCGCGUUCGUGGAUGGUCAGCAGAAGGCUGCUGAGCAAAGUUUCGUCCACCAAGCCGGCACUCAGACACAGAUGACCGCAGCCGACGUUGGCCAGCUUCACGCUCAGUUCAGCAACAUGAGCAUCCAGCAGCAAGAUGUGCCUUAUUCCAGCAACGCCUCGUUCAACGGCACCAACGGCCACCGUCCCUUUCACGAGCCCAUCCCCCGUGGCGAUAACGGUGACAACGUUCAGCCUCUCGGAAUUGAGGUUAUCCGCCUUUCUCCUCCGGCAGCUCAUCCUGCUGCCCCAGAUGCUGCCGACGCCUAUCUCCAUGCACAUGGUGAUCUCUAUGCACAGAAGAUUGCCCGGGUGAAUGCUCUCCGCCAAGCUGCUGCUCAGACUCAGCCUGUCGGUCCCCCUGUCGGUCAUCAACGGCAUCCUAACCCCGUUAUCCCUAUUGCAGCUCGUUAUCAUCAUCAUCGUUCCAUGUCCCUUCACACUCCUCUUCCUUCUCCGGCCUGGAACUUCCACUCUGGCGGCCCACGUCAGUCUCGCCACCAGCACCAGCCUCCGCAAGGCUUCUUGCCCAUGCAGGCCGUUAUGCAGCAGACGCCCGCCACCGCCUUCACCUCCCCAUCCUCCCCCGAUGGCUCCUCCUCCACCCGCUUCUCCACCCGCUACCGCGGAAUGCACGCCGACGCCAACGCCAGCGCCGAGCAUCUAGGCCCCGAGGAGAAUUGCGCCCUCUGGCUCACCAACCUCCCGCCUACGGUCACCGUCCACGAGCUGCUGGGGGCCAUCCGCAACGUCGGCCGCAUCUGGUGUACCUAUAUCAACUACCCCGACUUUGCGGUCCACCAGACAGCCGCCGCCAAGGUCGUCUUCUUCACCCCCGAGGCCGCCCAGCAGCUGCUGGCCAUCUCCUGGACCCGCGGUCUCUUCGUCUCCGAUUACCGCGUCAAGGUGUCCCACAACCGCAUAAAGUAUGGCAGCCAUGCGGUGCAGGGCACCAAGGUAUCGCGGUGCCUCAUCAUCACUGGAAACGCCGACUUCGUCAACCCAGAGGAGCUCUUCAAGUACUUCAAGGGCCUCUUCAUCUUCCAGCUGGACGAGAUUAUCCCGCUCAUCCGGGCUGGCAACCGUGCCGUCGUCGAGUUUCGCUUCGGAAGCUACCGGUGCCAGGCCCAGAUGGGCAAGAUGUCGCUGGAGAAGAACCGCCAGGACGGAGUUGAGAAGGUGGAGUUUGGGGACGAUCCGUGCGAGGUCGGCGACACCAUGUCGUCGUAUGGCAUAGCCGCUGAGCGAAUCCAGGGUCGUGGUCUUUGA